AUGCCGCGCGAGUCGCUGCGUCACGCCAUCCCCUCGUCCUACGACGAAGAGAUGGAGCAACUCCGCGUCGCGCUCGAGAUAUCUGCGCGCGCGUCGACCUCACACGACGUUCACGCGUCGUCCUCGGCGCGAAAUUCGCUACGACAAUCCGCGGCACCACACGUAACGACUUCACCUCGUUUCGUCAACGGGAGCGGCGCGUCGACGCGAACGGCGGGACGAACGGGACGAGUGCUCGUCGAUGACGCGCGCGCGCGUCGUCCUGCGCGCGCGCGCGAUGAUUUCGCGGACGACGACGAUGACGCGCGGGCGACGCUCGCGGAGCGGCUCGAGCGGCGGCACGGCGUCUCGGCGCGAGACGCGCAGCGCGUGGUGGACGUGCUCGACGGUGACUACGCGCGCGCGGAGGACGUGUGCUUGAUCGUAAAAAUGGUACCCACGAGUGUGGAUCGAGCGAUCGCGCAUUUGAGGAACGUGGGAUGGGACGUGGAUUUGGCGUUGUCGAGGAUGUUGGACGCGUCGAAGACGAGCCCGAACGCCGAGACUGAGCGGGAGGAAUUGAAGCGGCGCGCGAGGUCGAUGCGACGCCCGGGGGGUGAUGGGAAGGCCGACGAAGCGAGGACGGUAAAGCAGAAUUUGAACUAUACUCCCGGUGCGGGCCAUCGCGAGUCAGAGUCGGGAUUUUCGUCGGCGUCGUUUCGCGCGUCUCCCGCCUCGCGAGCGCGCGACGAAGAAACGGAGCGGUAUCAUCGCGAGCGGUGGGAGAGCGAAAUUUCCGAUCGCGCGGCACAAGCGAACAAAGCGAAGUCAAAAUGGGACUCAUCUCAACCUACCGCGGCAUCGACGCCUCGUACGGCGUCGGGAUCGGAGCACGCUCGCGAGACUUUGCGAUCCGAACCGCCAAAGCCUUCGCAUUCGGCGCCGCGACCCUCUCGCGCGUCCGACCCCCCACUCGCCACCCUCGAGCGCGAAGGUUUGGUACAAGUUCUCACCGCGCUCGGCGUUGAACCGUCGUCGUCUUCUAUCACUGCCGUGCGUUCGGCGUACAGAAAAGCUGCCCUUCGUUUCCAUCCCGACCGUCUCUCCGCCGCCGGCGCGCUCGAGCGCUCCUACAAAUCCGACGUCUGGAAGCUUCUCUCGUCCAAGAUGGACGCCUACGCCCCCUAG